ACAACACCAGCUCUCUCGUUACUACAACAAGCACUCAUCCGUGCCUCUCCCAUCCCUCGCUGUGGGUUCACAACAACACAUACUAUUACUCUGCGACACUCGUUUUUCGCUCUGCCUACCUCCACUUCUCCACUGGUCUGGGGCUUCCAUCUCGUACUCCAAAACGGCUAUCCAGCCUACCUAAUACAUCCUCCAUCGUCUCGCUUCCCUUGUACACGACUUUCAUUGCGUCCACAAUGCGUCGCUCUCUGGCCUCAUCGCCUAUACCCUGGCUCCUCGCUCUCCUCUCCCUCUUCCCGUUCGCCACUCUCGCUGAACGACUCAUUCAGUCCAGUUCCUUGAACCUGUGCCAGGAAAACUCGCAGUUCUCGGCAACCCUCUUCAACGUCGCUUUUACUCCCGACAACAAGACCGUCACUGUCGACAUCGAGGGUGUCUCUUCCAUCUCGGGCAACGUCACGCUGAAGUUGGAUCUGAUCGUGUACGGUUACAAUGCGCUUCAAGAGACGAUUGACCCUUGCACCGAUGCCGAUGGCCAAUUGAUGGGUCUCUGUCCCAUGAACACUGGAACUCCCAACUUCCCCUUCAAUCUGCCAUUGUCUGAUGAUGUGAUUAGCAAGAUUCCUGGCAUCGCCUUUACCAUUCCUGAUCUAGAUGCCGUUGCGCGCGUACUGAUUCUCUCCAAGAACACCGGUGAACAGCUUGCCUGCGUCGAGGCCCCUCUCUCAAACGGACAAUCUGUCUACCAAAAGGCUGUCGGUUGGGUAACUGCCGUCAUCGCUGGCUUGGGUCUACUUGCCUCAGCCAUCACGAACGGGCUCGGUCACUCCAACACUGCCGCCCACGUUGCUGCCAACGCCAUGUCACUCUUCGGCUACUUCCAAGCGCAGGCUUUGAUCGGAAUGACGGCCGUUACCUUGCCUCCAAUUGUGCAAUCCUGGACCCAGAACUUCCAGUGGUCGAUGGGCAUCAUUCGCAUCGGCUUUCUCCAGAACAUGGCUACUUGGUACCAACGUGCAACUGGUGGAACUCCCAGCACCAUUCUGUCCAACCUGGCCAACGCUUCGGUCCAGAUCCAGAAGCGUUCUCUCGACGUCGUCUCCGGUCUUCUCACAAAGCGAGGUGUAUUCCCACGUACCAAUGCUGGAGCCACAAAUGCGCAGACCACCACCAACGUCAUCGUCUACGGUAUCAAGCGUGUCGGAUUCCGCUCAAAGAUUGAACCUACAAACAUCUUCCUGACCGGCUACGCCUUCUUCGUCAUCUUUGUGUUGCUAGUUAUUGCCUGCGUCGUUGCCUUCAAGUACAUUACCGAGGCACUCGUAAAGGCUGGCAAGAUGAAGAGCGACAAGUUCCAGGAGUUCCGCAACGGAUGGCUGACAGUUCUCAAGGGAAUCAUGUUCCGCAUCAUCUUGAUUGGUUUCCCUCAAAUGGUUGUGCUCUGCUUCUGGGAGCUGACGGUUCGCGAUUCUGCCGCCGAAGUCGUUCUUGCCAUCUUCACAAUCGUCACCAUGAUUGCCAUCCUGGGCUGGGCUGCCUUCAAGGUCAUCCGCAUCGCUCAACGCUCGAUUCAGAUGCACAAGAACCCUGCCUACAUUCUCUACUCUGAUCCUGUUUCGUUGAACAAGUGGGGCUUCCUCUACGUCCAAUUCAAGGCAACUGCCUACUACUUCAUCGUACCCGUUCUAGGCUAUCUCCUCGUCAAGGGAAUGUUUGUCGCCCUCGGUCAAGGAAGUGGAGCAGUCCAGGCUGUUGCCUUUAUUCUGAUCGAAGCCAUUCUGCUAGUCGGCGUUUGUAUCCUACGCCCGUACAUGGACAAGAAGACCAACAGCUUCAACAUUGCAAUUGCCGCCAUCCAAUUCCUGUCCUCGGUCUUUCUCCUCAUCUUCUCCGACGUAUUCAACCAACCAGGAAUAGUCACUGGUGUCGUUGGUGUCAUUUUCUUCGUCGUGAACGUCAUCUUCGCCUUUGUUCUCCUCAUCAUGGUCCUGGUCUCGUCCUGCUACGCUCUGUUCUCCAAGAACCCCGACACCCGCUACCAACCAAUGCGCGACGACCGUGGAUCCUUCAUCAAGUCGCAAACCCAGCUCAACACGGAACUUGAUGCCUUGGGUGCUACUGCUCGUGGUGAAGGCAAAGGUGCUUAUGGGAAGCCUCGUGCUGGUAUCGACGAUGACGAUGACUCAUACUCAUCAUCAUCCGCCGGUAUGCGCCAGAAGGAGGCUAACUCGGAUGUGUACAGCGCACCCGUGCAGCAGUCAGAUUCAUACUACCAAACUACUCACACAAAUACGAGUAGCCCCGCGCCAUAUCACAACGCCCCCUACGGACAAAAUCGAACGGGUAGCAUAAGGAGUGAACAGAGCCGAGGGCCAACGGCGAGCCCGUGGCAGCGCGGUGCAGGUUAUGAUCAUUGAUAGAAAGAAAGAACUAACGGCGAUACAGGACUGCGCGCGAGUCACCGUGCGAGUCACGAUCGCGUUUGGGGUGUAAUAAAAUCACGAUGCAGCAAAGGAGGGGAGGGGAGGACUUGUACAUGAAACGACCCAAAGCGCUCUAUGCGCAAAAGUGACGCAGCACAUAAUCUUAGUCCUUAUCAUCUUUACAUUUUGACAAAUAUACCGCCCGCUAUUGGGCGCUUUUGUCUUUGGGGGAGGGGCGCUACGAGGGCUGCUGGUUUAGGGA